GAAUUCUUAAUACAAGUCUUUCUAGAAGAGUAGUAUUGUUCUCAUCCUCUCCACACUCCACUUGAGAACUUGGGAGCUCCAUUAAUUUGCAGUUUCAGAUUGCGUCCUAGCAAGGUACUAAAAGAGAUAACUCUAUCUUUCAAUCCGUUUCUAUACUAUCAGUAUGUUGAUUUGUUGAAUACUAGUUUAGAUCUUUCUUGUUUUCAUCCAACAUAUAUAAGAUUCGGAAGUAUACAUGAUGCACAAAAAAUUCUUGGAAUUAAUAUAAUUACUUAAGAUUUUUGAUGAAUAUCAAAAUUUGUGAGAUCUGCUUAAUAAACUCGUAUUUCAACAUAGCCUUAACUAAACUCCAAUGAAAGUUCUAUGUGAACAGAACUAUUAUUCACAACGACAUCUCAUAAUAUUUUAAUGUAUUGUAUGGGGAAACGAGUUGUAUAGCCAGGAUUGUCAGGGUACAUAUUUUUUCAAUUAAGUAAUAUAUUAUAAUUUAGUUGUAAAAUAUCAUCCACUUGUCUUUGGAAGUGUAUAUAAGUUAGUUCAUUCAUGGCCUUGAGCCCCGAUUAUUGUUGUCUUUCGUUGAGCUAUUGAGGCCUUUCUUUCUAAAUAUUGUUUACAAAGCUGAAGAUAGCAGGCCACACUCCAAAAAGAGGUAAGUUUUUUAACCCACUUCUUCAAUUUUAAAUCUAGGUAGUUUCAUCUGAAAAUAUGUAGGUUUAUAAUAAAUUAAAUUUACUUUACAUGAUAUAAAUUACCUUGCUGUAUUUAUCACAAAAAUGGAUACUAAUGAUCAAGUGACGGUUGACAUUCCACCACAGAUGGAUGACUUAUAUGAAAUUGAGAAUGAGCUUGUGACAUCUCUUCAAUAACAUAAUGUUAUGAUUUGAAAUAUCAUCUUAUAAACUGUACUUUUACAUUAUACAUAUAAUCACAUAAUAAGUAUAACAAAAUGUUGUGGAAUCAAAUAGUGAUGGAUACAUGGACUGCAUCACAAAAUCAGUCAUCUCAUGAAGAAAUAGCUGAGAGCAGGGCAUCUCCUCAAGAUGAAGUUUAUUAUUCAAGGAAAUAUGAAGCCUGUAAUACAUUGUUCAGAGCUGCGUUGGUCAAUGAUUGGAACACAGCUUAUAGGGAUGUUUAUAAGGAGGAUCCAUUGAAAUAUUCAAACUAUUUCAGUGCUACGAAAAGAAGACCAAACGGGAACACCCUUCUCCAUGUAGCAACUGAGGCAAACUCAAUUUUAUUUGUCAAGGAGCUAGUAAAUUAUAUGACGAAAAAUCAAUUAACUAUUAAAAAUCGUGAUGGCAACACGGCUUUUUUCGUUGCUGCAUCAAAGGGAAGGGUGGAAAUUGCCAUGGCGAUGUUUGAGAAGAAUAAAGAGUUAGCAAAUAUACGUGGAAAUGGAAAUAUGGAGAUGCUACCAAUUCACGCAGCGGCUCGGUGGGGCAAUAACGAGAUGGUCGAGUUCCUUUACAGAAUCCAAAAACCAUUGGAAGAAAUUGAUGAAAACAGAUUAUUUCUAAAUGUGAUGAAUAGAGUUUCUUUGCUUGAUAAUCUAAUGAUAAAAGAAGACUUGGAAGAAUUGCACAUACUUACACGGAGGAAUGACUGGAACACAGCUUUUCGGGAUAUUUUUAAGGAAAAUCCAAUUGAAAAUUCGAAAUAUUUGACUGCUAGGAUAUCAGUGAAAGAGGAAACUGCUCUUCAUGUUGCAAUUGCGAAACAAUCCUUUACAUUUGCUGAAGAGCUAAUAAAAUAUAUGAAGAGAAAAGAUUUAGCUAUUAAAAAUAGUGAUGGCAACACUGCUUUUUCUCUUGUUGUUGCUUCCGACAAUGUGGGAUUAGCUAAGCAAAUGUUUGAGAAGAACGAUGAGUUGCCAUAUAUCCAUGGAGCUAACCAGAUGUUACCUGUUCUAGUAGCAGCGCAGCAGGGCCAUAAACGGAUGGUAGAGUUCCUAAAGUUUAGUCUUGUGGUAUUAAUUCAUGGAUCCGUCCAAGAAAUGGAUUGCAACAAAUCAUCUGUGGAUACAGCAAUUGCAUCAAAAAAUGGGUCAUCUGAAGAAAUAGUUGAGAAUGUGGCAUUUCACCCUCUUACAAACCGAGCAGGUGAUCCUUGGAUUAUGGAAAUUCACAGAGAAUUGGCAUAUGCUGCAAAGUACAAUGAUUGGAACAUAGCUUAUAGAGAGAUAUUUAAGGGAGAUCCAUUAAAAAAUUCAAAAUAUUUAACUGCUAAGAUAUCAGAGGAUGGGAACACCGCUCUCCACCUUGCGACUAAGAACAACUGCAUUGAGUUUGUCAAAGAACUAAUAAAGUAUAUGCUGAUAGAAGAUUUGACUAUUAGAAAUGAUGAUGGGGAUACUGCUUUUUUACUUGCUGCUGGAAACGGAAGGAUGGAAAUUGUCAACAUGAUGUUUGAGAAGAAUAGAUGGUUGUCAAGUAUACAUGGAUAUUCGGAUGAUUUACCGAUUCACCGAGCAGCCAAGUUGGGCCAUAAAGAGAUGGUAGAGUUCCUUUAUUUUGGAACCGGACAUUACUUAAAUGACAAGGAUCACAUCAAAUUGGUUAACAAUCUAAUAAGAAGUGGUUUAUAUGGUUUAGCGCUGAAUUAUCUGUACAGAAAUCCAGAAUUAGCCAACUGUCGUGAGGAAUCCAAUGGGGAGACAGCAUUGUGUACCUUGGCUCGAACACCUAAAUUUGCCAAUCAAAAGCAGCAGGGAAACAAAGGUUCAGAUAACGAUAAGGUCUACCAUGGCCGUCACGAAAAGUUGCUCCCAGAAGCACUUGAAUUAGUCAAAUGGCUUUGGCAACAAAUUAGUCAUUUGGAUGAAGAUAAGAUUUCUGGAAUUAUUGACUACCCUUGGCCAGUAAUAUUUACUGCUGUCGAAGAAGGAAACAUUGAUUUUCUAACCAUUUUUGUUUGUAAAUAUCCUAAUUUGAUAUUGAAAGUUGACCAAAACAAUUAUAGCAUAUUUCACAUUGCUGUUUUGAAUCGACAAAAGGAAAUCUUCAAACUCAUUGACCAUGUCGAUCCAAUGGUUAAGAAAUUAAUACUUGAGAUCAAAGAUGUUGAAGAAAACAAUAUCUUGCAUUUGGCUGGAAUGAUGUCACCACUAGAACAGGUCACUAAUGUAUCAGGAGUAGCUCUCCCGUUGCAGCAAGCCUUGUUUUGGUUUAAGGAAGUGAGUCAGAUUGUGGAUCCAAAUCAUGCAAAAGCUAAAAAUAUAAAUGGGAAAACUCCUAGAGAUAUAUUUUAUGAGAAGAUCACGGCUUUAAAGGAUGAAGGGGAAAUGUGGAUAAAGGACACUGCGAAUCCAUGCAUGAUUGUAGCAACAUUUAUUACGACCGUGGGUUUGUCUGCACCUUUUACAGUGCCAGGCGUUAUCAAAGAUGAGACGGGGAUUCCUAACUUCAUUCAGAAACUUUCCUUUAGAAUUUUUGUCAUAUCUGAUGCAAUAUCGCUAGUAUCAGCAUUUUGCUCUAUGCUAACGUUCUUAUCCAUUCUCGCUGCACGAUAUGCAGUUGAAGAUCUCCUUUAUGUGUUGCCCAGAAAGUUGGUUGUUGGACUCUCAACACUUUUCUUGUCAAUAGCAGCAAUGAUGGUGGUAUUUUUUUCAUCUAUUUUCAUUGUCUUUGAAGAUGGAGGGAUUUGGAUUCCUAUUCUUGUUAGCAUGAUUGCUUCCUUGCCUGUCAUUUUGUUCACCAACCAAAAGUGGCGACUCCUUUAUGAUGUAGUGCGUUCCACCUUUAAAAUAGGUUUUCUUUCCAAGACAAGUGAACUCUUCACUUUCUGAUGAAGAGAAAUCAUGGAACCUUAAAAAUUGGAAGUACUCAGCAUGCUGGAACUUUCUUGAGGAAUGCUAGUACUUUCUGUAUUAUAGGUUCUUUUAUUAUUAUAGAGAAUGCUGGUGCUCUCUAUAUUAUAUAUUCUGUAAUUAUUGAAGAGAAUGCUGGCGGUACCCUCUAUA